AUCGAAUACAACAUACUACCUUUCGACUCUUCUGCAAGUAUUCGAGAAAAGUAAGGAUCAGAGCUUUUCCUCUUCUCAUAAAGAACCGAGAAAUGGAGGCAUUGAAGAUGAGAGUUUUGGUUGCAAUCACUGUCUUGGUCAUGGCUGCCUCAUCCAUUCAGACUGUUGCAGCUGCUGAUGCACCUGCACCAAGCCCUACUUCCGGUGCCGUCGCAUUUGUUCCGGCCGCCGUUGCUUCAUUGGCUGCCGUGGCUUUUGGGUUCCUUUUCUGAAGUUGUUCACUUUGUUGUACUCAUAGUUCGUAGAAAACUGAAAACGCUUCUUAAUUUCUCAUUCUCACAUUAUUUGUCCACCCUUUGCUUCAUUUUAGUUUGGCCAGUUGGGCUUUCGGGAUUCGGACCAUUCUUCCGUUCAUUUGUAUUAGGGUGGAUAUCUUUACAUUGUUUUGGUACCAAAUUGAUGUAAACAUGAAAACUUAUGAAUGAAAUUGGUAUUACAAUUUUCAAUAAA